CCGGCAAGAUACAACAAUAGUUAUGGCACUACAAAAGGAUCUAGAGCGACUACCCUAUUUUCGCUUUCCCGUCAUAAAUCGUGAGACGCUACUAGUGCACUUAACAUUGAACAAGGAAUCUCCAAAAAAAAUGGCAGAGAAACAGCUCCAGGUCAACGAUGUGCCCACCGUCCGCAUCCUCAUGUUGGGCGAUAAAGGUGUGGGUAAGACAAGCGUUACCAAUUUGAUGGCCUGCAGCAUUGAUACGCCCACCCUGGCCUCCCGAUCGGUGAAACAUCGCUACUGGGACAUUCAGGUGCGAUUGCACGAGUAUAUCAAGACUGAGGUGAUGCCGCCUACGCCCGAUUGGACAUCGCAUUCCUCGUCGGAGGAUAAGUCCCUGUUUCCCCCACAGCGCAAACCCACCAAAACCGAAAUCCUCUAUUUCGUGGAAUUCAUCGAUAUAAUCACCGAGUGUCGUCUGCAACGUGCUCAGUAUAAGGAUUUAACCAAGGAUAUCGAUGGCAUUGUGCUCGUCCACAAUCUGGAGAACAUGCGUUCGCAGGACAAUCUCCACGAUUGGCUGUACGAGCCACUGCGUCAGAUUUGCAAGCAGCGCCAUGGACGUCAUCGUCCGAUCUUGAAGACCCACCAUGUGCCCAUUCUGGUGGUGGGCACCAGGCUGGACAAGAUGCCCAGCCCACCAGUGCGUCGUCGCUCUGGCAUUGCCCAUCAGCUAAACGCGGAUGAGAUGUUCCUAAACUGUCUGGAUGUCGGUGGUUUCGAGGAAAACAGUCGCACUCAGGAACAGAUGCGUCGUUUUUUCGAUCGCGUUGUUGAAUUCAAGGAGAAAUAUCCACUCUGGGGCUCAAACACUGACUGAUUUGCACCUACGAAUUUUAUAGAU